CCAAAACCAAUCUAUAAAGAAUUUAAAACUGCCGAUGAUUUUUCAUCAAAGUGUACUGAUUACAAAGAUAUUAUUAGCCAAUGGGAUAAAUGCGUAAAAUCUCAUAAUAUUGAUCCAUCAUCUUUAACUUCAAUUAAUGGUGAUAUGGUUAAGAGAAAUGGCAUUAAAGAAUGGGCAAUUUCUUGCUUAAAAAAGAGCACUGAUUCAUUGAAAAUUAUCAGUUGGGAAGGUUUAUAUCCUUUAUACGAAAUAUUAAAUUCACAUUUAUGUCAAGAAGUCAAAUUAUGUCUCGGAAAUGAUGAACAAUCGAUCAGUACCGGAAUUAAAGAGAAAGUUCUUAAAUCAGGUGUAAUACCAAUUAAAAGUUCACAAUUUAAAUAUCGGGUGAAAUUCGAUUCUUCUUUAGAAUCAACAAAUUAUCAAAUUUUUGGUAAAGUCUUGAAACAGGAUGGUACUCAAUUUGAAAAUGCUGAC